UUUGUUUUGAUCACAAAAAACGAUGGAAGUUGGAACUAUGGCAAAUUAAAUAUGAAUUUAAAAUUAUUGGCGCAUUUAUAGUUUAUUUUGAAAUUAGUGGAAGCAAAUUGUAUUAUUUUCUAAUUCUUAUAUGUAAAAUAAUAAUUAAACGUACGAGAGCAAUGGAACAGUUACAAACGGUACCUGCGAGUUUGCCGCAUAUAGUUCAAGUAUAUCAGCCCUCAGUGUCAAUACAUCCAUCGCUGCAUACACAGGGAAAGCUCACGUAUCAAGACGCCAUAACAACGGACUCCCUACACCCCGUCACGCAAGUCCACAACAUACAAACAAACAUACAGAAUGUUCUCACACAGAACCAGACGGUGAUGUCGUGUCAGCAGAUACAUUUGCAGAAUGUGCAUCAAGGCAUACAACCGAUGCAGGGUGACUGUCCAUUACAGAUUACCUCACAUGUGAUUUUACCGCAGGUUCCGUUGUUUAAGCAGCAUCUACUUACUGGUACUGUGCACCAGCAGUAUUACGGACAGUAUGACACGUUUUUGAAGGACCAACAGUGUGUUAUUGCCAAAGUUGAGCCAGAGUUACAGUUGAUUGGGGAGAAGCCGGAUGAUUACAGAUCAAAACCUGAGGCCAAUCAACAAGUGAACAUAGAAAUAGUUCUCAAAAAGAAACGAACGCGCAGCCAGCUUCCAAACCCAAGUAAAUGGGCUAGCAAUGUCCGCAAGCAAAAGCACCAACGCGGCGAAGCAUACAUCAGCCGCCGUGGGAAAUAUGUGCCCGAGAGAUGCGUCCGAAAUACAAAAGAUUGCUUAAAAUCCUGUCGCUACAAGUGUAACGAACGAAUCAAUGACACAGACAGACAGCAUAUCUUCAAAGCGUUCUAUUCUUUAAACGCAAACGAAAAGAAACAUUUCCUGUUGAACACAACAGAACGAAACACGGUGAGACAUAAGGAUCACAAGAACAGCGAUGGUAUUUUCAAACGGAACUAUUCCUUCAAGUAUUUCUUUUUAGUUCGCGCGGUGCGGUACGCGGUGUGUAAGAACUUUUAUCUAGGGACAUUAGCAAUAUCACAAAAACCAGUGUAUAAUGUACAUUUGAAUAAAACUGACUUGAAUUUACCAAAACCAGACGGCCGAGGGCUUUCCGAAGCAAGCACUCAUUCUAUACCCAAUGAGUUUAAAGAUAGAGUGAGAAAGCAUAUAAUGUCUUUCAAUACUGUUGAUUCUAAGCCCAUAAAGCAGUUUUCUACUAAGAAACAGUAUUUAGAAGCGAACUUAAAUACAAAACAAAUGUAUACAAUGUAUUGCAAUGAGUGUGAAAGAGACAAUGUGAUACCAGUGAAGGAGUCAAUGUAUAGGAAGAUAUUCAAACUAGAGUUUAACUUGCAUUUUAAGAAAGAUAAGACUGGACAGCUUUGUUGUAAGUGUAGAGGGCCGGUUAAGAAAAAGUGAUCUUUAUUUUAUGAAUAAACUGGUGAAAUAGAUUUCUCGAAGAUAGAUAAAAAGUUCCCAUCAAGAGGUAUAGAAUGUGUAAGGAAUAAACAGUAUUUGCAAUACACAUCAGUAUAGAAAGA